CCUCCCCGCUCAUGUGAGCUACACAGGCAAAAGAGAAUGACACAUGUGCUGUUUCCUUUUCCAGUUGUAAAAGGGUCAGGAGCCAGGCAAGGAGAGCCCGAACAAGAGGAGCAUUUUCCUGGGCUCUUCCAGCUGUUCUGUUCAAUCCCGCCGUCGGUUCUGAGCAGGCAAGAGAGACUGUCAACACAAAUAAGGCAUUUUUCAAAGGCGUAAAUUAUGAGUAACCAAAACAAUACGACAACUCAACCACAUGGAGACAUUGAGAGCCCCACAGCUGAAGCAGAUGUGGCUGUUAUUGGAGGUGUGAUUGCUGCAGUGGUAUUUGUCCUCAUUUGCCUGCUGGUGGUGAUGAUCCGGUACAUGUACAGGCAUAAGGGCACCUACCACACCAAUGAGGCAAAAGGAACUGAGUUUGCUGAAAGUGCAGAUGCCGCUUUGAAAAAUGACCCUGCUCUCCAGGAAGCAGUGGAUGAGAGCAAAAAGGAAUAUUUCAUCUGAGAGUCAAGGAUUUCCACGGAGACUUCCCCAUGGGAAUCAAACAGAAAUGCUAUAUCAACAGAAGUGAUAAGAAAUGGGUAAUAUGAGGGUACAGGCAAACAUCCUAAUUGAAAAGUAUAUCUUUACUUUUUUUGUCACUGGGUUGUUCGUUUCACUCUGCUGGUGAAGAACUAAAUGCCAGAUACUUGCCUGUCAAUUUUAUUAGCAACACAGCUGGUCACAGUUGAAAUCAAUAUCAGAUAAGAAGAAACAAAAUCUCAGUAUGAGUGAUACACCAAAACCAGAUAAAGAUAGCAAAUGUCAAGCUUUGACAUUUGACGAAAACAGCAGAUGCCAAUGGAAAACAUCCUCUUAGAGUUAAUGAUGCAUCUUAUGCUGAUAUGAUACAGAACUACCUGAAAUUGAAUUUCAAAUGGUCACAGAAUAAACAUAAAACUAGAUAAAGCUGAUGUAGCUGGAACAAAAACAGCUUUGUAACCCAAAUAUGCUCCCUUCCCCUUAAAUGUGCAAUUUUGCUGGCACAGGGGUUGGUUUUGUUUGUUUGGUGAUUUAAAUUGGGAUUUUUUUAAGGUGUUUUUAAUUUCAAAUUAUAUAUAUAAAAGUUAAAGGCAGUUCAAAUAAAUAAAACUGUUGGAAAACAAGAAAAACAUAAGAAUGAAGGAUUUAUUUCUAACUUACUCUGCAUGGCAGCUUGAGAAUUGCAAAAAGUUGGAAUGUACUAUGUAGUAUAUAGUAGUCAGUAGACUUACAAAUAUGAUUCCAAUUAGUUCGUAGGUUCCCUGCAUGCAUGCAUAAAUAGAUAGAUAUUAAAAGAUAAAGCAUCUUGGUUUGAGCAGGCCGUCUGAAACAGUGGAGCUCAGCUAGGUUUUUUCAUGUCAGAUGUUUUUGCCUGAGUAUUUAUUUAUUUAUUUUGCAUUGGAAAAAUCUCCUCAAUGCCCACCAGCAGUAUUUGGGGUUUUUUCAGGGACAGUAAUUCAGUUCUGGUGCAGAUGCCACUAAAUCUUUUACAAACGCAACCAUAAGACUACCACUACAAAGAAGCUUUUUCAUCUGCAUCUCACUGGCUUGUAUUGAUGUCUCCCUCUGCAUGGCCAUUGUAUAUCCUUUGUAUUGUGCUAGAUAAGAGAACUACACCAACCAUCAAUGCUUUAUUAUAAAUAAAUAAAUAGAUUAGUCAUGGUGGAUCACAGGAAAAUAUCUUAUUCCUCACCUAAGAAUCACCAGUGAUGAGUUUCUUUACCCCAGUAAGUUGACUUCCUAAUUGAAGCCCACAAUUAGCUCUGGAAAUAGGAUAAUUGUUCUAUGCACCUGCUCAUCCCCAGCUGCGAUGGUGCCCUGGAUUACUGAAAAUAGAAGGGGAGAAAUACACGAUAACAAAUAAGACACUGAUAAGCUCUGCUCAACUCAGUAUGUUUUUUCCUGCGUUUUGAUCUAUAUAUGUGUGUACCUAUAUAUAAUGUCAUCUACAGCUAUGCUUUCAAGGCAUUGUUGCUGAUCACUUGUGUUCACUUCUUGGCACCAAAGCAUGGAAAACUCCUGGACUCCAGUAUUCAUUAUUGACAUUGGCGACAAAAAUCCUUGAAGACAGACCUGAACAAGAAAAGACUCUGAGGACCCAAGUGGAGGAAUGGCUUUUUUUUGUCUUUUCAGGCACAAUCUCAGUCUUUUCCUGGUACAUGAAGAUGGUCUCUGAAUUGUUCUUAGAAUCUAAAUAGCUUUAACUUUGAAUCUUAAAUCCCUGCAUGUUUUCAUUUUAAACACAUAUCAAAAUCAUGCCAAAUUUACAAAAUGCUUAAGAUGUUUUUCAUAACAUACCAUUGCACAGCUACAUUGUAUUCUGUGGCUAGUGCAGUAUAAAUUGCACGAAACCCAGCACUGGUUUUUAUACAGCUGACUGUUUCCUUCUAAGAUACAUUGUUAUUUUAAUCUUUUUACUGCUUAUGAAAAAGGAAUCUCAUCUUAUUUUUCUAGGACAAAUAUUGGAGAAGUUCACUAAUCUUAGCUGUAAGACUUUGUAAAACUGAAGACCCCUGACCCUCCAGUUCAAUCAAAAUGUAAAUAAUUCCUCUGAGAAGAGGGUAAAUGCGGUGACUUGAGCUCUACUGCAUCCCCCACACAAGGUGUGGGAACAUCAAAGUACUUUCCUCCAGUGCUAGAAGGACCUAUAGAGGACUACCAGCCUUUUGUCCCCUUCAUAUGACUUCAGAGAAAGGUAUGAGGCACAUGGGGAAUAAGUUCCUAUCUCUUUCCCCAAUCAAGAAAUUUGGUUUUAUGCAACUUGAGUUUGCAGAUUAUAAUUAGUCAACUGUGUCAUACUUGAUACACAGGAGGACCUCAAUUAGUGUCUCUUUUGGGGGACAGGGGGUGUGUGUGAUUUUUUCAGUUAUGAGGUGAACUGAGAAAGACUAACUGUCCAUGUUGGAACUACAGAGGCCAAAUUUUCUGGUGGUACAACAUGAGUUUGGUGGAGCUCCACCAGUUCUUACCAGUUGAGUCAAUAUCGGACUUUGUGUCAUUGCUUCAUCUAAAUCUGAACCGAAUGCAGCUCUUGGUCUUUGACUAUAUCCCUUCUUAAUAGCUGAAUCAGAUCUCUUUAUCCCAUUUUCCCUGACAGCCCAAGCAUACAGCAACAGCUUCUCUAUCGGUAAUGAGCCACUUUGAAUAUUUGCAGAGCAGUGACUCUGGCAAAAGCAACAGUUUCAGUGAGUUUAUUUUUUCAUAGUAUCCUUUUGGGUUCCAGGGCUUUGUGUAUCUAGAAAUGACUCAAGCACACUGAGCAGUGAGAAGAGACGGUUUGUGGAGAUCUGUUUAUUUGCUUUUUUCAGGACAAGUUUUGUUUUGUAAUUAAGAAAGCUCAUGACAUCUAAUGACUGGCAGAUCUAAUGGCCUGAUUCUGCUAUUUUUUUACACAUACAAUAACACUACUGUCUUAAGUCAUUCAAUUUAGUUGUAGAAAGAGUAUGUUACAAACUUCAUAUAACUUUUAGGAGUAAUUAGCAAAACGUCCUUCUGCAAGCAACAUGCUGUGCUAAAACAGACAUUACGUACCAUGUUGAGACAUUUCAGUUGGUAGCCAUAGCUUUUCAUCACUGAUGAUUAAAUUAUUUUUACAAUUUGCUUCCUGAAUAGGAGAACUAAGGAAACACUUUCUUUUCCCCCCCCGUACUUCUAUCCCAGGUCCCUCCACAGCUCUGGGCUGUUGUCCUGCAGCUCACUGGAGCCCCAUCUCCCCAGCCAUGACUGCCAUUCUUGCUCGUAGUCCCCCAGGCUCCCAUCUGGAUUCCUACUGCCUUCCCUGUGGCAAAGGAUUGGCCAUUUACUUAUGUAUUUCUUUCUUUAUUUUUUAUCAGUGAAGAUAUGCUGUUCCUCUCUGCCAGCCAAGAACCAAUUUUCACAAAGAUUCCAGCUUUAGACUUCCAAUCCUGUGUCAAAUUUGAUAACACCUGACCUGCAACUAAUUUAUAGAAUGAUCAUAUAUGCCAUGUUUUCACAGAAAAUAAGUCGAAACAUAGUAAUGCAAUCUCUCUAGUUAGUUAGAUUUAGUGCUAUCUGUAGUGUUCACUGAACAGGUGAGCAAACUGACAAUUCCUUAAGCAACUCAGUUUUGUCCUGAUGACUUAAUGUCCUGUGAAAACUAGUUGAAUCCCACUUUGCACAGAAAGCCAUAUGCCCAUGUUUAGAAACGUAAGUCCUUUUCAAAGGUGUAUAGGAAAGCUGUGUAUCAAAAUUAUCAAUAUUUGCUGGAGUUAGAAGAGAGAGGAUAAAUAUGAUCUUGUAGCAACACAAGACAUUUUUUAAAGAUAUACAGAAAUAACAAGAAUUAAAUAUUAUGUUGAUGAGCUUUAAGAGUGGGUCUACGGAGCUUUUAAAUUCUCUCCCUUAAAAAAAAAAAAAAAGUUUGCAAAAGGAAACUAAUCUUUUAAGCCAUUUCUUCCUGUGCAGCUUUGAAAACAGCUGUCUCAGAUUCAAUAUUCUACCAUUCUUCCUUAACAUCUGGAAUUCAAUUUCUUCCAAUUUUUGGAGGAUGCAUAUACAGUCCUUCCCUGCACAAAAAUGACUGCUUGCCAGUGCCAGGCUCUGUAGCAACUCAGCAGAAUAAUUCUGUCCAAAAGGUCUAUCUGGCCACCCAUUACCAGAUCUGGUACACAUUUUUUAUUUUUAUUCUGGGGCUCGGCCUCUAUCAUUCCGGGUUUUUUUGAGGUCCAAUGUGCCAUUGCACAUCAAUGCAGUCCAGAAGAAUAUUUAAACAGCCACUAGUCAAGAUAACAAGAUAUGUACAUAUAUAUUUUUAGAACAGGACCAAAUCAGUUUGGAGAGCUAUUAAAAAUAGUAACAGAGGAUCCCUCAGAACGUCAACAUCAAUUUUUCUCUUAAAUCAAAUCUAGGGAUCAUUGGGAGAACACCGGGACAGGAAAAUAAGACAGACUGUUCCCUUUCAGCGAGGAAUUCAGACAAGGUGCUGAAACAUUUAUAACUGCAGGAUAAGUAGGAUGGCACCACUAGCUACAGCCUGCAAGUAUUCCUCACAGAAUACAGGAAACAUUGAGAUAAGAUCUAAAUAAGCAAAAAGAUACAGAGGGGGAGAAGGUAAUUAGAUGCUAAUAGAGAUGGAGAGCAGUUAUUCAUAAAAUAAAAUAGAUAUUGCCAUUUGGAGAAAUCAAAGUGUGUUUGCUGAAGGUAACUGCUGACAACAAUUUUCUUUGAAUUAUAUGAGGUGUUUGAACUCCUUGCGUGUGCCAGUCCAAUCAAAAAAUGCAGGGAAAUACACACCAAGACAGUACUCAGUAUUAAGAGCUGUUAUUGCAUUUUAGAAAAUCUCUCAAUUCUUCACAUAAGAAUGCUUUAUGUGUUUAGAAAAUUAAGAAGCUUCGCAGCAGCAGUUCAUAUGAGACAGAAGACUAAAGAACCCCUGAAUACACAAUGAACAAGUCUGAUAUCUGGAAAUUCAGGGAGUUAGCAAAAGAAGUUAACAAUAUCAAAGAAAAACAUAUAUGGUGAGUAAAAAAUUCAACCAUAUUACAAAGAAUGAAACGUUUGUAUUAGCAGAGAUCCUCCUCUAUUUCAAGAAAGUAAUAUUGCUGGUGACUCAGAAUAAAGAAUCCUUAUUCUACAUGACUGUUCUCUGUGUGAUGGGAUAAAAUCCCACUGAAUUCAGCAGGACAAGACUGUCGUUGACUAUAUUUAUUCUUUCUGCAAAAAAUUGUAUUCCCACCCCUGUCAGAAAGAAACACACUAAAUUAAAGUAGAAGUCUUUAUAAGGCUUGAUUUUUCAGCAUAACCUUGUGUCUUCACAUAAUUUUUCUGUUCUUUCAAACUGUAUGUAUGUUGGAUUGUAUCUGAUAUGUUGUAUUAAAGUCUAUUUGAAUUGCAGCAUUGCUAUGAGAACACAGAGCACUCAAAGCUUACUGAUGAUUGUAUGUUAAAGCUGACUAUAAUGUUUGUAUUUACCAAAGCUAUUAAUACACUGCUGGUGUAAAUCUACUAUAUUUUGAAUUGGUUAAAAAAAAAAAAAAAGUCUAAAAUGAGAAGAAACAAAUAACUUUGUAAUUAAAGUUGUCAUUUUCAGCAUUUAAAAAAA